GGAGCGUGGGUGGCAGGCGGUUUUUAUAAAUUAUCCUUAUUUUUGGUUAUUUGUCUCUGUCCUUCCCCACCCCCUGCUGAAGCGAAAAUAAGGGCAGGGACCGCAGCUCCUACCUAUCUGUAACCUCCCAUACCCGUUCCCCCCUCCCUAACGCUGAGCAUAGUGCCCUGCACACAGUAGGCGCUCAAUAAAUGCUCGUGGAUGAUGAUGAUGAUGAUGAUGAAAAAAAUGCAGCAUCAACGGCAGCAGCAAGAGGACCACGCGAACGAGGCAAACUAUGCAAGAGGCACCAGACUCCCUGUUUCUGGUGAAGGACCAACUUCUCAGCCGAACAGCUCCAAGCAGACUGUCCUGUCUUGGCAAGCUGCGAUCGAUGCUGCCAGGCAGGCCAAGGCCGCCCAGACCAUGAGCACCUCUGCACCCCCACCUGUAGGAUCUCUCUCCCAAAGAAAACGUCAGCAAUAUGCCAAGAGCAAAAAACAGGGUAACUCGUCUAACAGCCGACCUGCCCGUGCCCUUUUCUGUUUAUCCCUUAAUAACCCCAUCCGAAGAGCCUGCAUUAGUAUAGUGGAAUGGAAACCAUUUGACAUAUUUAUAUUAUUGGCUAUUUUUGCCAAUUGUGUGGCCUUAGCUAUUUACAUCCCAUUCCCCGAAGAUGAUUCUAAUUCAACAAAUCAUAACUUGGAAAAAGUAGAAUAUGCCUUCCUGAUUAUUUUUACAGUGGAGACAUUUCUGAAGAUUAUAGCGUAUGGACUAUUGCUGCAUCCUAAUGCUUAUGUUAGGAAUGGAUGGAAUUUACUGGAUUUUGUUAUAGUAAUAGUAGGGUUGUUUAGUGUAAUUUUGGAACAAUUAACCAAAGAAACAGAAGGCGGGAACCACUCUAGUGGCAAAUCAGGAGGCUUUGAUGUCAAGGCCCUCCGUGCCUUCCGAGUGUUAAGACCUCUUCGACUUGUAUCAGGAGUGCCCAGUUUACAAGUUGUUCUGAACUCCAUUAUAAAAGCCAUGGUCCCCCUCCUCCACAUAGCCCUUUUGGUAUUAUUUGUAAUUAUCAUCUAUGCUAUUAUAGGAUUGGAACUUUUUAUUGGAAAAAUGCACAAAACAUGUUUUUUUGCCGACUCAGAUAUAGUAGCUGAAGAGGACCCAGCUCCAUGUGCGUUCUCAGGGAACGGACGCCAGUGUACCGCCAAUGGCACGGAAUGUAGGAGUGGCUGGGUUGGCCCCAAUGGAGGCAUCACUAACUUUGAUAACUUUGCCUUUGCCAUGCUCACUGUGUUCCAGUGCAUUACCAUGGAGGGCUGGACAGAUGUGCUCUACUGGAUGAAUGAUGCUAUGGGAUUUGAAUUGCCCUGGGUGUAUUUUGUCAGUCUCGUCAUCUUUGGGUCAUUUUUCGUACUAAAUCUUGUACUUGGUGUAUUGAGCGGAGAAUUCUCAAAGGAAAGAGAGAAGGCUAAAGCACGUGGAGAUUUCCAGAAGCUUCGGGAGAAGCAGCAGCUGGAAGAGGAUCUCAAGGGCUAUUUGGACUGGAUCACCCAGGCAGAAGACAUAGAUCCUGAGAAUGAAGAGGAGGGUGGCGAGGAAGGCAAACGAAACACUAGCAUGCCCACCAGUGAGACUGAAUCUGUGAACACGGAGAACGUAAGUGGUGAAGGCGAGACCCAGGGAUGCUGUGGAAGUCUCUGCCAGGCCAUCUCAAAAUCCAAACUCAGCCGUCGCUGGCGUCGCUGGAACCGGUUCAGUCGCAGGAGAUGCAGGGCUGCUGUGAAGUCUGUGACGUUUUACUGGCUGGUGAUCGUCCUGGUGUUUCUCAACACUUUAACUAUUUCCUCUGAGCACUACAACCAGCCAGACUGGCUGACACAGAUUCAAGAUAUCGCGAACAAAGUCCUCUUGGCCUUGUUCACCUGUGAGAUGCUGGUGAAGAUGUACAGCCUGGGCCUCCAGGCUUACUUUGUCUCCCUCUUCAACCGCUUCGAUUGCUUUGUGGUAUGUGGGGGGAUCACGGAAACCAUCCUGGUGGAACUGGAACUCAUGUCUCCCCUGGGGGUCUCUGUGUUCCGGUGUGUGCGCCUCCUGAGGAUCUUCAAAGUGACCAGGCACUGGACUUCCCUGAGCAACUUAGUGGCAUCCUUGCUAAACUCCAUGAAGUCCAUCGCCUCCCUGCUGCUGCUUCUCUUCCUCUUCAUCAUCAUCUUCUCCUUGCUGGGGAUGCAGCUGUUCGGUGGGAAGUUUAAUUUUGAUGAGACUCAAACCAAGCGCAGCACCUUUGACAACUUUCCUCAGGCACUCCUGACUGUGUUCCAGAUCCUGACAGGCGAAGACUGGAAUGCGGUGAUGUAUGAUGGCAUCAUGGCCUAUGGAGGCCCGUCCUCUUCCGGAAUGAUUGUCUGUAUCUACUUCAUCAUCCUUUUCAUCUGUGGUAACUAUAUCCUGCUGAACGUCUUCUUGGCCAUUGCCGUAGACAAUUUGGCUGAUGCUGAAAGUCUGAACACUGCUCAGAAAGAGGAAGCUGAAGAAAAGGAGAGGAAAAAAAUAGCCAGAAAAGAAAGCCUAGAAAACAAAAAGAACAACAAACCAGAAGUCAACCAGAUAGCCAACAGUGACAACAAGGUUACAAUUGAUGAUUAUCAGGAAGAGGCUGAAGAUAAGGACCCUUAUCCACCCUGUGAUGUUCCAGUAGGUGAAGAGGAAGAGGAGGAGGAAGAGGAUGAGCCCGAAGUUCCUGCUGGUCCCCGUCCUCGAAGAAUCUCAGAGUUGAACAUGAAGGAGAAAAUUGCACCCAUCCCCGAAGGAAGCGCGUUCUUCAUUCUUAGCAAGACCAACCCGAUCCGUGUGGGUUGCCACAAGCUCAUUAACCACCACAUCUUCACCAACCUUAUCCUGGUCUUCAUCAUGCUGAGCAGCGCCGCCCUGGCCGCAGAGGACCCCAUCCGUAGCCACUCAUUCCGCAACACCAUACUGGGCUACUUUGACUAUGCCUUCACAGCCAUCUUUACGGUUGAAAUCCUGUUAAAGAUGACAACUUUUGGAGCGUUCUUGCACAAAGGGGCUUUCUGCAGGAACUACUUCAAUUUGCUGGACAUGCUGGUCGUUGGGGUGUCUCUGGUGUCGUUUGGGAUUCAAUCCAGCGCCAUCUCUGUUGUGAAGAUUCUGAGGGUUUUGAGGGUCUUGAGGCCUCUCAGAGCAAUCAACAGAGCAAAAGGACUUAAGCAUGUAGUCCAGUGUGUCUUUGUGGCCAUCCGAACCAUUGGCAACAUCAUGAUCGUCACGACCCUGCUCCAGUUCAUGUUUGCAUGCAUUGGGGUCCAGCUGUUCAAGGGGAAGUUCUACCGUUGCACAGAUGAAGCCAAAAGUAACCCUGAGGAGUGCAGGGGGCUCUUCAUUCUUUAUAAGGACGGUGAUGUCGACAGUCCUGUGGUCCGUGAGAGGAUCUGGCAAAAUAGUGAUUUCAAUUUUGACAAUGUCCUUUCGGCUAUGAUGGCUCUCUUCACGGUCUCGACUUUUGAGGGCUGGCCCGCGUUGCUGUACAAAGCUAUCGACUCAAACGGAGAGAACGUUGGUCCUGUCUACAACUACCGUGUGGAGAUCUCCAUCUUCUUCAUCAUCUACAUCAUCAUCGUUGCCUUCUUCAUGAUGAACAUCUUUGUGGGCUUUGUCAUUGUCACCUUCCAGGAACAGGGAGAAAAGGAGUAUAAGAACUGUGAGCUGGACAAGAAUCAGCGUCAGUGUGUUGAAUAUGCCUUGAAAGCACGCCCCUUAAGGAGAUACAUCCCCAAAAACCCAUACCAGUACAAGUUCUGGUACGUGGUGAACUCCUCGCCCUUCGAAUAUAUGAUGUUUGUCCUCAUCAUGCUCAACACGCUCUGCCUGGCCAUGCAGCAUUAUGAGCAGUCCAAGAUGUUCAAUGAUGCCAUGGAUAUUCUGAACAUGGUCUUCACGGGGGUUUUCACUGUUGAGAUGGUUUUGAAAGUCAUCGCUUUCAAGCCCAAGGGGUAUUUUAGUGACGCCUGGAACACGUUUGACUCCCUCAUCGUAAUCGGCAGCAUUAUAGACGUGGCCCUCAGCGAAGCCGACAACUCUGAAGAGAGCAAUAGAAUCUCCAUCACCUUUUUCCGUCUUUUCCGAGUGAUGCGGUUGGUGAAGCUUCUCAGCAGGGGGGAAGGCAUCCGGACACUGCUGUGGACCUUUAUUAAGUCCUUUCAGGCGCUCCCAUAUGUCGCCCUCCUCAUUGCCAUGCUCUUCUUCAUCUAUGCGGUCAUUGGCAUGCAGAUGUUUGGAAAAGUUGCCAUGAGAGAUAACAACCAGAUCAAUAGGAACAACAACUUCCAGACAUUUCCCCAGGCAGUACUGCUGCUCUUCAGGUGUGCAACAGGGGAAGCCUGGCAGGAGAUCAUGCUUGCCUGUCUCCCGGGAAAGCUGUGUGACCCGGACUCCGAUUACAACCCGGGAGAGGAAUACACGUGUGGGAGCAACUUUGCCAUUGUUUACUUCAUCAGCUUUUACAUGCUCUGUGCGUUCCUGAUCAUCAACCUCUUUGUGGCCGUCAUCAUGGACAAUUUUGACUAUCUGACUCGGGACUGGUCUAUUCUGGGGCCUCACCACUUGGAUGAAUUCAAAAGAAUAUGGUCAGAAUAUGACCCUGAAGCAAAGGGAAGGAUAAAACACCUUGAUGUGGUCACACUGCUCCGACGGAUUCAGCCUCCUCUGGGGUUUGGAAAGUUAUGUCCACACCGAGUAGCAUGUAAGAGAUUGGUUGCCAUGAACAUGCCUCUCAACAGUGAUGGGACAGUCAUGUUUAAUGCAACCCUGUUUGCUUUGGUCCGGACGGCUCUCAAGAUCAAGACUGAAGGGAACCUGGAGCAAGCUAAUGAAGAGCUCCGAGCUGUGAUAAAGAAAAUCUGGAAGAAGACAAGCAUGAAGCUGCUUGACCAAGUUGUCCCUCCAGCUGGUGAUGAUGAGGUAACCGUGGGGAAGUUCUAUGCCACUUUCCUGAUACAGGACUACUUUAGGAAAUUCAAGAAACGGAAAGAGCAAGGAUUGGUGGGGAAGUACCCUGCGAAGAACACUACGAUUGCUCUACAGGCGGGAUUAAGGACCCUGCAUGACAUUGGGCCAGAAAUCCGAAGGGCUAUAUCCUGUGACUUGCAAGAUGACGAGCCAGAAGAAUCCAAACCAGAAGAAGAAGAUGUAUUCAAAAGAAAUGGUGCCCUGCUUGGAAACCAUGUCAAUCAUGUUAAUAGUGAUAGGAGAGAUUCCCUUCAGCAGACCAAUACCACCCACCGUCCCCUGCAUGUCCAAAGGCCUUCAAUUCCACCUGCAAGUGAUACUGAGAAACCGCUGUUUCCUCCAGCAGGAAAUUCGGUGUGUCAUAGCCAUCAUAACCAUAAUUCCAUAGGGAAGCAAGUUCCCACCUCAACAAAUGCCAAUCUCAAUAAUGCCAAUAUGUCCAAAGCUGCCCACGGAAAGCGGCCCAGCAUUGGGAACCUUGAGCAUGUAUCUGAAAAUGGGCAUUACUCCUACAAGCACGACAGAGAGCUUCAAAGAAGGUCCAGUAUUAAAAGAACCCGCUAUUAUGAGACUUACAUUAGGUCUGAGUCGGGAGAUGAGCAGCUUCCAACCAUUUGCCGUGAAGACCCUGAGAUACACGGUUACUUCCGAGACCCCCGCUGCUUAGGGGAGCAGGAGUAUUUCAGUAGCGAGGAGUGCUGCGAGGACGACAGCUCUCCCACCUGGAGCAGGCAAAACUACAGCUAUUACAACAGGUACCCAGGCAGCUCCAUGGACUUUGAGAGGCCCCGAGGCUACCAUCACCCCCAAGGUUUCUUAGAAGACGAUGACUCUCCCAUUGGCUAUGAUUCACGGAGAUCUCCGAGGAGACGCCUUCUACCUCCUACCCCGCCAUCCCAUCGGAGGUCCUCCUUCAACUUUGAGUGUCUGCGCAGGCAAAGCAGCCAAGACGAUGCCCUUCCAUCGCCUGCCCUGCCUCACCGCGCUGCCCUACCCCUGCACCUGAUGCAGCAGCAGAUCAUGGCUGUUGCAGGCCUAGAUUCCAGUAAAGCGCAGAAGUACUCACCGAGCCACUCUACCCGGUCAUGGGCCACCCCUCCAGCAACCCCUCCAUACCGAGACUGGACCCCAUGCUACACCCCUUUGAUUCAGGUGGACCGCUCAGAGUCUAUGGACCAGGUCAAUGGCAGCCUGCCAUCCCUACACCGCAGUUCCUGGUACACAGAUGAACCUGACAUCUCCUAUAGGACUUUCACACCAGCUAGCCUGACUGUCCCCAGCAGCUUCCGGAACAAAAACAGCGACAAGCAGAGGAGUGCAGACAGCCUGGUGGAGGCAGUCCUGAUAUCUGAAGGCUUGGGACGCUACGCAAGGGACCCCAAAUUUGUCUCAGCAACAAAACAUGAGAUUGCCGAUGCCUGUGACCUAACCAUAGAUGAGAUGGAAAGUGCAGCCAGCACCCUGCUCAAUGGCAGUGUGUGUCCUCGAACCAAUGGGGACAUGGGCCCCAUCUCACACCGCCAGGACUAUGAGCUCCAGGACUUUGGUCCUGGCUACAGUGACGAGGAGCCAGACCCUGGGCGAGAGGAAGAGGACCUGGCAGAUGAAAUGAUUUGCAUUACCACCUUGUAGCCCAGUGAGGG